AUGGCAGUGAGUCGCAGAACUCGAGCUCCCAAGCCUUCCUCACGCCCUCCAUUUGAAGAAGAGGACACGUUCGAUCACGAUGAUACGUGCUGCAAGGAAUGCGAAUCUGGGGAGUCUCCGGAGGAGAUGCUUCUCUGCGACAAAUGUGACAUAGGGUAUCACCUGUUUUGCCUUAGACCCAUUCUCGUUUCCGUGCCAAAAGGAUCUUGGUUUUGCCCUGAUUGCGCAAAGAAUAAGAAACCCAAGUCUUUCCCUCUUGUGCAAACAAAAAUCGUUGAUUUCUUUCGGAUUCAAAGGUCCUUAGAUUCCAUUCCACAACCAAGUCAAGAGAACCAGAGAAAAAGAAAGCGGGGAGUUAGGUUGGUGGUAACCAAGAAGAAGAGGAAAUUGUUGCCAUUCAAUCCGUGUGAGGAUCCUAACAGAAGGUUGCAACAAAUGGCAUCACUAGCAACUGCAUUGACAGCGUCAGGAGCAGACUUCAGUAAUGAGCUAACUUACAGACCUGGUAUGGCACCGAGAUCAGCGAAUCAUCCAGCUCUUGAGAAGAAUGGAAUGCAGGCUUUGCCAAAGGAUGACUUAGACACCUUAAAUUUGUGCAAAAACAUGAUGGAGAGAGGGGAAUGUCCACCAUUGAUGGUUGUCUUUGAUCCACUGGAAGGGUUUACAGUAGAGGCAGACAGAUUUAUCAAGGAUUUGACAAUAAUAACGGAAUAUGUUGGAGAUGUUGAUUACUUGAGGAAUCGCGAACAUGACUAUGAUGGGGACAGCAUGAUGACGCUCCUUACAGCUGCUAAUCCUUUGCAAAGCCUUGUUAUUUGUCCUGAAAAGCGUAGUAACAUUGCUCGGUUCAUUAAUGGCAUCAACAAUCACACUCCGGAAGGAAAGAAGAAGCAAAACCUAAAAUGUGUGAGAUACAAUGUAGAUGGGGAGUGCCGGGUGUUGCUGAUUGCUAACAGAAAUAUAGGGACGGGGGAGAGAUUAUACUAUGACUACAAUGGAUAUGAACAUGAAUAUCCGACUGAGCACUUUGUGUAAAGGCUCAAAGUGCAAGGUAAAGUCAGUGUGUCAUCCCAAAACACAAAAUGAUGAAGACAUGCAGUUGGUAACUAACAAGCUAAUCAUACAAAUGUGAUUACUUUAUCUUUGUUAUGAUAUUAUCAUUAUGGACCUGGUCCUGGUCCUGGUGUAGGUUGGGCUGUUGAAAUUCCGAAGGCCUCUUGAUUUGGAUCACCCAUUUCUUGUUCA